UCGACAGGAUAUUUCGUCCUGCAUUGCGACCACUUGACACGUCGUCCGAGGUGGCGAAAAGAACUAGCAGCAAGUCAUUUGGAAGGAAGGAUUUUGACGACGUAUAACAAACUGCGUCCACGUAGUUCAGGCAUGUCUUCUCGUGCUAGGAUUGACGUUACUAAAGGAAGACAGACCAGGACUGACAACGAAGGCCGCCUGAAAUGCACCACCAACUCUGAUGCGGUCCUGAUAGGCUCUUUCCAGGAGACCUGCGACAACUCAUCGAAAGUCACAGAACGACCUAGAAGGGAAAAUAUAACUCUGGACGAGGCUACGGACUUGACGGACGCCGAAAGCAACGGGUUGCAGGAAACGUCGCGCAGAAGACACGAGACGAACAACCACGGUACCCCGACGAGUCCAUCGACUGUUCUUGCUGAAAAGAGUUGUGGAAGGUACCCUGAUUUUUCCACGUACAUUCCGGAGGAGCCUUCGUUGGACCGCGCAGUAAUUGGCAGUACGAGGGAGGGACCAUUCCUGGAAAGCAAACUGGCCAGCAGCCGGUCAGACACAAGGCAUUUGAACCACAGUUGUCUUCAGGCUGAAAGGACUGAAGAGGACUCGAAACGGUAUUCCAGACAUUGCAAGCUGCCUUCGCAACGGUUGACGUCCACCACUCCAGCUGCGAGUAUCACCUGGGAUUUAUCAAUUCCUACGAGUACGCCCAACGCGUUCGGGACCAGUACUUUGGUUGUUCUUCCUGAAGACGCUUUAAGACUGCAUUCCGGUGCGUCCGCUUCGCAAGUACAUGACCUGUCAUCUUCGAUCGAGAAUAGCGAGGACCGCCCAACGUUUCCAAAAGGAAUGGACGACGGUGAGAUGACGCUGAAGAAACCACUUUGCAGUCGCGUCGGGUGCUGCUUGGCCCUGGCGGUAUUCUUAUGUCUCACUCUCUUGUUGCUCUUUCUCUCCAUCUACUACAAGGCUACGAAUAAGAAACCAAAGCCUCUCCGCGAAUUCUGCACCGAAGACGAAUGCCACAGAGCGACCUCUUAUCUCACCAGCGUCAUCAACAAGUCUAUCGACGCCUGCGAUGACUUCUACCACCGCGUAUGCUACCGCUGGUCCAACCUCAAAGAAGGCGUUGGCUUCGUUGACGACGCGGUCGCGUCCUUUUACGAGUCCACUGUCCACCAUGUCUCCAGUCUGAAUAGGGUGAAAGCUGAUCGGGAUGGAAGCCACAUCUUUGUGGCACUCCUCAAGAGCUGUUCAGAAUUCGUCAGCACCGAGCAAAAUAUCACGCGUGUUGUGACCGUAAUCAGGAAACACCUGACUCUACCGGAGCCACACACAUCGUGGGGAGACCUUGUGGCGUUCGCUGUGCAGCUUGUCCUUGAACACGGAAUUGCCACAGUGAUAGAUAUCGGAUGGGAGGAAAUUGGACACAGACUCCACCUGUCUUCUGAAAAUUCGCUUCUGGAGAAGCUGCAGGCGACUGCGCACGUUGACCGCUACAAGAAAUACAUCGCUCAACUCUUCCACGUGCUUGCCGAAAACAAAACUGAAGCGGUUUUGGGUGCUGUGAUGACGUUGGAGGAAAGAAUCGUUGAAAUCGUAGCGUCCGGGUCGACCGAGCGGAAAAGCUAUCGUUCUUCCGAAGCCUUCGAGCGGCUGUCCAGAAACCUAUCCGCUCACUUCUGGAUAACCGCGGUCAACAAAUAUUUACCACCAGCCAAGGCGCUCGGGCCGACGGUAACAAUUCUUGCGUCAGGACUAGAUAUUAUAAGAUUGGUGUUGAUGGAGCUUGAGUCGGCACCGUCGUCCGUCUCGAAUCCAUAUUUUAACUUGCUGGUCGCGGCGGAGGUUCUUCAAUACGAUUUUCUCGGAAGUAUAUCAGCGAAGCCCACUCAUCCGUCCUACGUUUGCCUCCGAGCAGCACAAAGGACUCUGACUCAAACGUGGCCCAAGAUUGUUUCCAUGAUCUCGGGAUAUGGCUACCACGCACUCUACCUUCGAGAUCUGUUCCAUCAAAUACACGUUUCUGUCGUAGACAGGAUCAAUUUGUCCAACUGGAUGGACGGUGAAAUGCGCGCGAAGCUGCGUCAAAAGAUAAUUAAGUCGGUCUUCUACACAUUCUCCGAAGCGGACAGAUUUCCAGAUGCCGUGGACUACACCGGCUUGAACCUCGAAGGAAGUGACUUCGUGUCGGCAUAUUUAUCCGCUCUGGCGUACGAAGCGCAGGUUCUAAAGCUUUCGGUAACGAGCACGAGCACUGCAAGGAUGUUAAGUCGCUUGCAGCUCUUGGGAACCGUUUAUUUCGACGAUUCCGGUUCCAAACUCCUACUACCUACUGCCUACGCGUCCAAGCCACUUUUCUACGCAAUCGGCGGAGAGCAAUUUCAUAACUUCGCGACGGUGGGCAUUACGAUCGCUGUUACUCUUCUAAGCGCAGCGGCCUCAUCUGCGGGGCCUUCUGAGGGCCUCUACGCUCUAGCUUCAGCGUCUGAAUGCUACAGGAACCAGUUUCAAGGCACCUUUGUGCGGUGGAAGCUUCCAAGAUAUCUGGGGAACAGUGUGUUUCUCUGGACAGCAGCCGUUCGAACGGCGUACGAAACGCUGAGAAAGUAUAGUCAGAGUAACAUGUCUCCCCGAGAGUUUGAGGUGUUCUGGCCACGGAUACAGCAGCUAUUCUUCGAGCGGUACUGCCUUCUUGGCUGUGUUUCCGGCGAGACGAGCGACGUUCUGUCUCCUCUGCAGCGGUGCGUCAUACCUUUGCAGAACAUGCCAGAGUUCGCUGUAGCUUAUAAUUGUCGUGACGGGUCCCGGAUGAAUCCCGUUUCAAAGUGUAGUCCGCUGUAAAAUGAACUUUGAUAAGAGGCGAUAUAAAUAUGGAGAUUAUUACCUCA